AUGUCUUCCGUGUCUGUUCGCCGUGCCUCCUCCGCCGCCCCCACCCUCACCACCGCUGCCGCUGGUCCGGCAGCUGUUGGUCGCCCGGCUUCCGCCCCCCCACCCAUCUCCACCAAUGACAAGAAGCGCAAGCGAGAGCGCAGCGACCUGUACGCGUCCCUGAGCGCUGUGCGCUCCACACACUACAUGAACGGGGCCUGGCUGGCCGACAAGCCAGCGCUUCUCGAAGAGCGCAUCGAGCAAGGGGGCACCCGCAACGUGCUCAGCCCCCUCUCCGACGCCGCCUGGGAGAGAAUCAAGGCGGCGCCGAAGAGGGGCGGCAAGGGCGGCAAGAAGAAGAAGGCAGCACCAAAGAAGAAGGCUGCGCCCAAGAAGAAGGCUGCGCCGGCUCUCUCCACCAUUCUCGAAGAGAGCGAGGAAGUUGCUGCUGCUCCGAGCCGCAAGAGGGCACGAGUUGCUGCCCCAGUCGUCGAGAGCAACUACGGCACCCGCUCGAAGGGUAGCGCUCCGGCCCCUGUUCUCCCAGGCAGCAACACCACCGUCAAUCCCACGAGCGCCGCCACAGCAGCACCACCAUGCGUCGAGAAGCCGGCCCCCUCCGCCCGCGUCACGCGCGCCAAGAGCAAAGGCAAGGGCCGUGCCACCGCCGCUUCCGCCCCCCCACCUCCCCCAACUCUCCCAGCUCCUCUUCCGGCCCCGCCACAGCCCUUCGUUGCACCCCCACCUCCACAACCAACAACCGCCGUCCAGCCUAUGACCAUGGCCACCCUCCAAGCCAACCAAGGCACCACCACCACGCGCCCAGCCGACGCCACACUCACCACCCCAUGGCAAUGCGCCACCCGCUCCUGCCAAAGCGGCCAAACCUGGCACUCGCGCGACGGGCCCGCCAACAUCUCCCAAGGCCGCAAGGUCAUCAGCAACUUCUUCGGCCGCAACAAGAAAGAAACCAACACCAUCCCCGCCGACGUCUGGCACACGCACUGCCGCAAGCACUACCAGCGCGGCACGUAUCUCUACAAGAAGGUCGGCGUGAACGCCCAGCUGCAGUACUACAUCGACAACGUCAACAUGCAGCUCACACGGCUCGAACUCUGGCGCCCGAACGCCACGUUCAAGGUCCAGCUGAUCAGAGGCGCUGUCAACCGUCUCCACACCUACCGCGGUCUCCUCCUCCAGGGCAAUUCCGUUGACGCCGCCGAAACAUCCAUGCUCGUCACCCCGAAACCCGGCAAGCACGGCCCCCUCCCUCUCAAACUCGAAGACGCCUUCCCACCCCACCUCAUCGACCACUUCGACACGACCUUCGUUCCAACCGCCACCGGCUACACAUCCACCUACGCCGAUCUCCACCGCAUCAUGGCAUGGGUCCAAGGUCUGGCGCGCAGAGACGAGAUCACGACAAUGCCGCCGAUGGAAUUCCUUAUCAGCCCCGAAGGCAACAACGAGGCGGGUGUCACAAGGCCCGAAGAGAAUUACAUGCGUUGGUUGGCGGCUGAAGAUGCGGCGGUGCUUGCUACGGCUGCGAAUGCUGUUGCUGGGGCGUCUGGGCCGGCUGCGCAAGGGCAGGGUGUCAAAGAAGAAGAUGAAUAUGAAGAUGAUGAUGAUGAUGAUGGGCAGAGCAGUGGGCAUGAGAGCGAGUGA